AUGGUCACCGUCGCCAUCGCAGGAGGAGGCUCCUCCAUCGCCUCCAACAUCAUCGCCGCCAUCCUCGCCACCAAGAAGCACAAGCUCGUCAUCCUCACCCGCUCCCCGCGGCCCGGUCUCGAGGCCCAAGGCGCCGUCGUCAAGCCCGUCGACUACGCCUCCCACGCGCAGCUCGUCGACGCCCUGCAGGGCGUCGACACCGUCUACAGCUGCAUCUGGACUCACGGCCCCGACAUCCAGGCCACGCAGCUCGCCCUCCUAGACGCCGCCAAGGAGGCCAAGGUGCGCCGCUUCGUGCCCUCGGAGUGGUCCGUCCCCGCGUACGACGCCGUGGCCUUUUACAAGCCCAAGGAGGCCGUCUGGGAGGCCGUCAAGAAGUCUGGGCUGGAGUACACGCGCUUCAUCUGCGGCAUCUGGAUGAACGUCUGGGGCCCCGGGGCGACGCACGACGAGGUCGGUGCGAGGGCGGGCUACGCCGGCCCGCCCUUUCUCGCGGACAUCAAGGGCGGUAGCAUCGCCGUGCCCGGCGACGGCACCGGCAAGAUCAGCACGACGCACAUGGUCGACGUGGGCAAGUACGCUGCCGCGGCGCUGGACUUUGACAAGUGGGAGCCCGACAGCGUGGUUGUCGGGGAUGAGUUGACGGUCAAUGAGCUCGCGGACAAGAUUGAGCAGGCGACGGGCAAGCCGCUGACGCGCAAUGUGAUCUCGCUGGAGGCCAUCAAGGCGGUCCUUGCGGGGGAGACGGACCCGGCGACGCAGAUGAUUCAUGAGUUUUUCAAGAUUAUUGUCGAGGGCGGGUAUGGGCUGACGCCGAAUGUGAACCAGAGGGUGCCGGAGGUUGUGCCGAUCAAGGUGGAUGAGUUUUUGAAGAAGCACUGGGGUGCGUGA